AUGUCCAACGAUCCCGAAUGCAACGGCCGGGCCUAUGGCAAAGUCCAGGGUAACCUUGGGACUCGAUGUGGGAAUUCCUCUGCAGGACUCUACAAUCCCACCACCUUUGUCGAGUCAUGUUGCGUGAUUUGGGACACGUGUGGCGCGAAUGGAGUCUGCAAAAGGACCGGGAGUGAUGAUACUUACUAUCUGGGUGGCUGCACUGAUCCUGCCUUUAAGGAUCCAGUAUGCCCUUUGCUUUGCAACAAUGCCCGCAAUGAUGUUGUGUAUCAGCCGGCUCUGGGUGUCUGGUCGUGCUGCGGAGCUGAAGGGAAUGAUUGCAGUGAUCCGAUGAAUGGAGAAUCUUUGAAACUCGAUUGGAGACCUGCGGAUUUCCCGGGACCUGUUAAAGAGGUGUUUUCGGCGCCUGCUACUACCAGUGUGGCUUCAGAUGUUCCUGUUACUUCGGGCUCGUCGAUUUCCCUGACUGGAUCUACAUCACUCACCACACCCGCAGAAAUUCAAACAACGUCUUUGGAAUCAAGCGAGCUGUCGACCGGUGCAAAAGCGGGAAUUGGUGUCGGGGCAGCCAUCGGAGGGCUCUUGCUGAUCGGGUUGAUCACAGCAGUAGUGUUGCUAUGUCGGCGUCGAGAGAAACACCAAAAUGGCCCAAGUCCUUCUGAAGAUCAGCAUGGAAUGGAGCACGCAGGACAAGUGUACGGGAAAGAGCACGAGGGUUCUCCAGGCGUGGAAGGUUCGUCAGGUAUCUAUGAGGUCGAAAGCAGCCGUUCGCCGGUGGAGAUGGAUGGCCUUGGGAGGACAUAUGAGCUUUUGGGAUCAGGAGUGCAGGAAUGUUGA